CCAUCUCUAGGGUUACGGUCUCUCGCCAUGAUGCAGCAGCCCCCGCCGUCGCAGCCGCAGCCCGGCAUGCCUCCGCAGGGCGCGACCGGGCAGCCGCCGCACUGGGGCGCGAUCCCGCCGCCGAUGCCGCAGUACGGGCAGCCCCCGCCGCAGUACGCGCAGCCGCCGCCACCGCAGCAGCAGAUGUGGGGCCAGCCGCCGCCACAGACGGCGCCCUACGGGCAGGUGCCUGCUCCGCAGCAGUACUAUGCCGCGCCGCAGGCUCCUCCGGCCGCCCCCGCGUCGGCGGACGAGGUGAAGACGCUCUGGAUCGGGGACCUGCAGUACUGGAUGGACGAGAACUACAUCUACGGCUGCUUCGCGGCCACCGGGGAGGUUCAGGCUGUGAAGCUUAUCCGUGACAAGCAAACUGGGCAACUUCAGGGUUAUGGCUUUGUUGAGUUUGUGAGCCAUGCAGCCGCUGAACGAGUUCUUACGACAUUCAAUGGACAAAUGAUGCCAAAUGUCGAGAUGGCAUACAGGCUCAAUUGGGCCAGCGCUGGUGAAAAGCGUGAUGAUACCCCAGAUUAUACAAUUUUUGUUGGUGAUCUGGCAGCAGAUGUUACAGACUACAUGUUACAGGAGACAUUUAGGGUCCAUUACCCUUCGGUGAAGGGCGCCAAAGUUGUGACUGAUAAAAUGACAAUGCGCUCAAAGGGCUAUGGAUUUGUCAAGUUUGGUGAUCCCGCAGAGCAAGCUCGCGCAAUGACUGAAAUGAAUGGAAUGCCUUGUUCUUCCAGACCUAUGCGCAUUGGUCCAGCAGCAAAUAGAAAAACAACUGGUGUUCAGGAGAGAGUACCAAAUACAAAUACUCAAGGAGCUCAGUCCGACAAUGAUCCUAGCAAUACCACCAUAUUUGUUGGUGGCCUUGACCCCAACGUCAGUGAAGAUGCCUUGAAACAAGUUUUUGCUCCUUAUGGGGAAGUUGUCCAUGUCAAGAUUCCUGUUGGAAAGAGAUGUGGUUUUGUCCAGUUUGCUAACAGGCCUUCUGCUGAGCAAGCUCUUCAAAUGCUGCAAGGGACCUUGAUUGGUGGGCAGAAUGCGAGGCUUUCAUGGGGACGAAGCCCUUCAAAUAAACAGGCUCAGCCGCAGCAGGAAUCCAACCAGUGGGGGGCAGCUGCUGGUGCUGGUGGUUACUAUGGUGGCUAUGGACAAGGUUAUGAGGCUUAUGGUGGCGGUUAUGCACAACCUCAAGACCCUAACAUGUAUGGUUAUGGAGCUUAUGCAGGGUACCCCAAUCACCAGCAACCAGCAGCGGCGCAGCAGCCACCACAACAGCAGUGAUGCCUGUUGGGUUGUGGAGACACACCGGAACCCAUUUCAAGGCACUGUCAAGCUAUAUCAAGCCCUUGUCAAUAGAGAAAGACGGUACCUAGACUCCAGAUUUUGAUUGCCCCUGGGCAAGGUUUAUUCUCGCUGUAUUAUGAACUGUUCCAUCGUGAUUCUGCAGAUAUGCACCGGAAAACAUGCUUUGUUACCCCAUCUCCUGAUUUCUGUUACUUAUUAUUGUGAUCUGCUGUUGAAUUAUGCUAUAAUAUUGUACUGGCUAUUUCCUGUUC